AAAGAACCUGGCAAAAGGGUCUAUAAAUUUAAAGAAUCCAUGUGUGUAUCCUCUGAUCAAAUCAAAACCCAUCCUCAGUUGAAGCUUUAAUUUUAUAACCACCAUGAGUUUUGGGAAUUCAAGUUCCAAGAGAACCCAGUCGGAUUCCGAACCAGAAAUUUUCUCAGCAACCAAACACAACCAGAUUUUCAAAUUCAACUGCAGUGGAAAAUCCCUGAAAUCCAAAGUCCUAUCUCGGGUCUUCUCGGAAGACUUCGAGAAAGUCAAGAAAAAAACCAUCAUAGACCCUCGAGGUCGAUUUGUCCGAGGAUGGAGCAACGUUUUUUUAGCGACCUGUUUGGUUUCCCUGUUUUUCGAUCCUAUCUUCUUCUUCGUCCUCAAGGUCGACCCCGAGCUCUGCGUCGAAACCGGGGUUCUUCUGGAAAUAGUCCUCACUGUUAUUCGAUCCAUCACUGAUUUAUUCUUUAUUGUUAAUAUUGUUGUCAAGUUCAGAACAGCCUAUGUUGCACCGUCUUCUCGGGUUUUUGGGAGAGGAGAACUUGUUAUCGAUCCAUGGAAGAUCACGGCACGAUACAUCAGAAAGGACUUCUGGUUUGAUGUUCUUGCUGCGCUUCCUGUUCCUCAGGUGUUGAUUUGGGGCAUAAUACCUAAUCUGAAAGGUUCGAUGACUUCCAACUUCAAAACUUCCCUAUGGUUUGUUAUGAUGAUACAGUACCUCCCACGGCUGUUUGUAGCUUAUCCACUUAGCAUUCAAAUUGCUAAAGCAACCGGGAUCGUCACCGAGGCUGCUUGGCUUGGGGCUGCUUAUAAUCUCAUGUUAUACUUAUUGUCAAGCCAUAUAAUGGGAAGUUGUGGGUACCUUUUAUCCGUACAGAGAGAAGCAGCAUGCUGGAGAAGCCUAUGCGACGAAUACAAUACAACAUGUAACUAUGAAUUCUUCGAAUGCAAUAAAAUAAGGGACUUAAUUAAUAGUACUAGUAGGGAUGAUUGGAUACAAGCUAGCAGUAUCACAGAUCUUUGUAAUCCAAACAAUGGUAGUUACCCUUAUGGGAUUUACAAUCCUGGAGUUGGUAGUGGCCUCACUACUGCUGGCUUUUUCUCAAGAUACUUCUACGCCCUUUGGUUCGGCCUCCGAAGUGUCAGCACAACAGGGCAGAAUUUAACGACAAGCAUAUUUAUAGGGGAGAAUAUAUAUUGCACAGUCAUAGUCAUGCUUGGCCUGACUAACAUGGCUUUUCUCAUCGGUAAUAUGCAGAGAUAUAUACAAUCAACAACAGUAAGGAUAGAGGAGUGGAGGGUGAAGAAAAGUGAUAAAGAGCAGUGGAUGCACCACAGGCAGCUACCCCAAGAACUAAGAGAGAAAGUGAGGAGGUAUGAUAGAUACAAGUGGGUGGCUACCCAAGGUGUCAAUGAAGAAGCUCUCCUCACUGAUCUUCCUAAGGAUCUCCGACGUCGUAUCAAACGCCACUUAUCCCUCAAUCUUGUUAGACGUGUCCCCUUAUUGGAUGAAAUAGACGAUCGGCUACUGGAUUCAAUAUGCGAAAGACUCAAACCGAGUCUGUGGACCGAAGGCAUGUUCAUAGUCCGCGAAGGAGACCCACUCGAAGAAAUGAUCUUCAUAAUCCGAGGCCACCUCUACUCCUACACAACCAACGGUGGCCAAGUCGGCUUCUUCAACUCCUGCCAACUCGGCCCAACCGAUUUCUGCGGCGAUGAACUCCUCACAUGGGCUCUCAAAACCCGCCCCGCCGACACCCUCCCUUCCUCCACCCGCACCAUCAAAACUAUCUCCGACGUCGAAGCCUUCGCUCUCGGAGCCGAGGACUUGAAGUUUGUUGCGUCGCAGUUUCACAGGUUGCAUAGCAAGAGAAUUAGACAUAAGUAUAGGUUUUAUUCUCACCAGUGGCGGACUUGGGGAGCGUGUUUUAUACAGGCGGCGUGGAGGCGGUAUAGGAAGAGGAAGGCAUUGGCGGAGCUUAAUGCUAAGGAGGGUGGUGGUGGUGGCGGUAGGAGUCCGGUCGGAUUGGCGGAUGUGGAGAUGAUGAUGCCUCAGCCAGGGUCUGGGCUGGCUGAGUAUGCGGCUAUGAUAAUUAGUAGUAUUAGGAGCAAGCGUUAUGGGGAGUCGUUGACUAUUUAGGUCAAAUAAUAUUUUUGUCAAGUAUCAAUGAUGAUGUGGUUUGGGAUACAA